GGUCAGGAGCCUAGCCCUGGGCUCAAAUCCCAUUUCUCCCACUUGCUACUUCGCACUUUGGGCAAGAUAAUUUACCUCUCUGAGCCUCUGUUUCCUCGCCUGUAAGAUACCUAUAAUCACAUCUCCUCCCCAGUGUUCUUUGUGGAAAAGAAAUUUGUAUGGGAAGGGCCAAGCUCAGGGCCUGCUGCCAGAAGCACUUGAUGAAUCGACGCACUGGCUCAGUGAUGAUGAUGGUCACUGAGCAUGCUGUGUGCCCGGGACACCUCAGAUGCACCUGCUCACACUGCGAGUAUCUAAGCCUUUGCCCUGGCAUGUGGAGCGAUUGGGUGUAAACCCCCAGAACUUUGCCCAGAGCAAGGGAAGGGGCAAGGGCUGGAGCUCUUCCUCUUUUGGGUGGGGUUUUGCAACAGGGUCCGGGGGUCCUUGUGAGGGCUCAGCUUCAGCCUCUUUUCCCUCUCCUCUCCUCCCCCAGACUGUGGUACUGACCUCCAUGAGCCGGUCCCAGGUAGCCCUGCUGGGUCUGGGUCUGCUACUCAUACUACUGCUGUCUGUGGGGCUGCCUGGGCCCCCUGAGCAGACUUCCUGGCUCUGGGGAGACUCCAAUGUCACAGUCAUGGCUGGUCUUACCCCUGGCAACUCCCCCAUCUUUUACCGCGAGGUGCUCCCGCUCCACCGGGCACGCAGGGCGCAGGUGGUGCUGCUCCACGGAAAGGCCUUUAGCUCCCACACGUGGGAGCAGCUGGGCACACUGCAACUGCUGUCGAAGAGGGGCUACCGGGCCGUGGCCCUUGACCUGCCAGGUUUUGGGAACUCAGCACCUUCGAAGAUGGCAAGCACAGAGGCAGGGCGGGCAGAACUGCUGGAGCGGGUGCUGUGGGACCUGGAGGUCCAGAAUGCCGUGUUGGUGAGCCCCUCACUGAGUGGUCACUACGCCCUGCCCUUCCUGAUGCGAGGCCACCGCCAGCUACAUGGAUUUGUGCCCAUCGCACCCACCUCCACCCAGAACUACACCCAGGAGCAAUUUUGGGCAGUGAAGACCCCAACCCUUAUCGUGUAUGGAGAGCUGGACCGAAUCCUGGCUCAAGAGUCACUGCGGCAGCUCUGCCACCUGCCCAACCACUCCGUAGUGAAGCUACGCAAUGCGGGCCAUGCCUGCUACCUCCACAAGCCACAAGACUUCCACCUUGCCCUUCUAGCCUUCCUUGACAAUCUGCCUUGAACUAAUCUGCUACCCAGGCCCCAGGUUUGGCCUGAACUUGGAGGGUAUGGACCACCGCCCUCCCCGCCCCCGCCAGGAAGCAGCCCCUGGGAUUGGAGGGCAGAGGUCAGAGUGUCAGACCCAGCCAGGAUCUUUCAUUUAAUCUCACACAUACAAUAAAAAAACAUAUUUGUCUUUGUGGAGUGA